GGAUAAGGUGAUGGGUAGGUAACGUGAUUUGUGCAAGAAAUGUGAAUCGAGAUGGAGCAGGUUGUGGAUGUGGAGAGGAGUGGGUGUUUGCAAAUGGAGUGGGAUCAUCUCUUCAGCUUUAUAUGCACCAGGCUGCUAUUAGGAUAGAUCAAAAAGGGCGACCGGGUCCUGCACGAUGGAAGACAGCAAACCGCCUGUCGAUAGACACAAGGUGAAGAGACACCCUGAAUCAACCUCACUGGACAGUGGAAGUCUGUUGUGGCAUGAGUUCCACCAGGGGCGCUUCGUCAUUGCCCCAGGCAGGGUUCCACCACGGUAUAUACACUCGAGUGUAAAUCCGUGGUCGAACCGACACCUCUCACCACGCCCUUAUAAGAGCUUCCAAAGGGGUAACGGCGCUCGGGCCGGGCUCGACUUGGUCUGGGCGGCGGAAGCCCCUCCCACGCGGCAUCUGUCCCCGCUCAAAGGCCUAGAGUUCCUCUAG